AUAAAAAUUAAUCGGGAUCGACAUUCAAUCUUACGAAACAGAAUCGCAUGAAAGUCACAAUUGCUGUAAGCUGAAGAUUUAUCCACAUUUACUCUAGUUUGUAGAUAUCUAACUAUAUUUUGGAAGUGGAAACAUGUCGAAGAUAUAUAACAGAGUUCCGCUAAUAUCAAAAAUUGUUUUGACAAACACUUUGAAGAAGUUUUUGAGGCGGGGAAUACAGGCAUGUUUCUGCAGCACCACAUCUCAGUCAUCUGACACAACAGAGGGCGAAACGGUCACUCACCGGUUUUCCAUAUCUAAUACGAAUCCAGGGUUCUUAGAAGGAAAGUUUAUGGCCACGGAAAAGUUUGGGAAACUUCGUAUAGAUGUUCCGUUUGAUAUUUUUAUUGAACCUCUGAAUCCAGAUAAGUACCCCGAAAUGAACAAGAUGUUUGUGAAGAUUCUGUAUGACAUGCAGCCUGAAGAGACAGUGGAUUCAUCAGUCCUUGUGGCCCUUAGAGAGUGUUAUGACUUUGAUAUGAACAUUCAAGAUAAGACGGAAUUUACUGCGACAGGAAACUUUAAAUCGAAGGUGGAAUAUCCUGUAAAAUGUGUAGUGCAGCUUCCAAUGAAGUUUGAUCUUGAUAUCACAGCCAGAGGAUAUAAAACCCACAUUCAGAAUAUGGAAAGUCAGACCAUUAAUCUUCAAGUGAAUUCCACCAGAAAGAUGCAGGGGGAGACAACUUGUACUUUGAAGAGCAUUAAGUGUGGAAGAAUUGAGGUGGAUGGCAAUGAUUGUGAUGUCACAGUGGAAAAACUUCUACAGGGGAACUCCAGGAUUACAGUAACAGGAAAUGGGAACAUUACCACAGAUAGGUUACAGGGUGUGGACAUUGAGUGUCAGACAGACAAAGGGGACAUCUCCUCCACCUCAGUGUAUGGCCAAAACAACAGUUUCCAUAGCAACACAGGCAACAUCAAGCUUAGCAACUGUCAUGGGAAAACAGAGGUCAAGGUCAAAUUUGGAGAUCUUAAAAUAGACAGUUUAGAAGGAGACUUGAUUGGUUCCCUAGAGGAAGGAAACACAGAUUUGUAUGUCACUAAGCCAGAGAAUGUCUCCAUGACUACACAGAAAGGGGACAUAAAACUGAAGGUUCAAGGAGACGUCAGUGCUUCUGUUGACCUACAGGGGUCGCAUAUUGAAUAUGACAGAACCCUCCCAUUCAAGGAUCUAAAGUUCACUGAGGAUGACCCCACGUCUCUGCAAGGUACUCUUGGCGAGGUGGCCACCGGCAGAAUCUCCGCAAGCACUGCAUCAGGAAAUAUUUCUGUGGAAGCCUUUGAUUGGUUGAAAUCACUGAACUUAAGCGAUAAAGAGUAAACAUGAAUGAAGUC